CGGGGCUCCACCCACUUCCCCCCGAAGCAUACCCUAGUGUAUGCCCCAGGGUGUUUGUCCGGGUUGAAGGCUGCAAGGGUUGGAACUUGGAAGUCGACAGGCCACUCGAUCACUUCCUCCGUCACAACUACUUCGACGGUCACCAUUGGCAGCUCCAACAAUCUACUGAAAUCUCGGCGUCGCAGGACAAAAAAAUCAAGCCAGUUCUUACUGCGAGAAACUCGUAUAUCAGAUCUUAAUUGAACCGUUCACUAGUCACCUAUCCAAGCUCAGAUCAAAUGCUAGCUCAAAAAGAUAUGACCAGACCUCAGAUUGACCAGCAUCAUCAGCGGGAAGAUUACCGAGCCACUCGCUCACGCGUCGAGGGUGAUGUUCGGGAUUCAGAUCGAAGGGGUUUCCAUCAGUCUUCCUUGCCUCGAGAAAGACACACUGAAUCUCGUCCACUUCCACGAGACAGUCCACCUAGACCACCUCCUCCUCAUGAUCGAAAUGCUGAACGUAUCUACCGAGACCCACCAGGACCGGAAACCGUCCCUCAUGGGGCUAGUCUGCCUGUCGACGCUCAUGGCCCAGUGGACUCGAUCCAAAACGCUCCAGUACCGAACCCUAGCAAGAUCUACAUCGGCGGUCUACCCGAACUCACCAGGCCCGAAGACCUUCAGGACUGCUUCUCUCAGCUAGGUCGGAUCAAGAACAUCGAACUCAAGAGCGGUUACGGAUUCGUGGAAUACGAUAGCCCACAAGCGGCAUGCGACGCGGUCUCAAAGUAUCAUGAAGGUACCUUCUUGGGAUCUCAAAUCAAAGUUGAACUGUCUCAUGGUGGAAGUAGACCUCGACAUGUCGCAGUUUCCAACAAUCCAGAAGCUUGCUAUACUUGUGGCAUCAUCGGCCAUUGGGCGCGAGAUUGUCCUGAUGCCGACAGUCAAUUAUAUCCCAAGCGUCGAUUACGAGCUCGCUCACCUACCCCUCCUCGUCAUCGAGAGAAUGCUUACAUGAACCGAGACUCUAGACCUGAGGAGCUUUCGUCCCAUGAAUAUCGCCCUCAUCGUCGCAGAAGUCCUCUGGGAGAGAUCGACUAUAGUCGGACUGAACGAGAAAGAUUACCGCCCUCUUCGCGUGAAAGUUACUUUCAACCAGCUUACCUUGAAGACAAGCGUUAUCGUCCGGAGCAUUCCUUACGUGAUCGCGAGCGCGAUGAGCCGAGGGCUCUUGAUCUCAAGAUCUUACCCCGGAACGAUGAUCACAGGGCCCCGUAUUUGAUAACCCCGUCUCGCUCACGCUCCCCACCGCCCGGCUCUCGGGACUAUUAUACCGCCGAACGCACUCGUCCUGCGGCUCCAUACCCCAUCCGAUCUCUCCCACGAGAUGACUAUCAGAGUCGAGUCCAUGUUAUCAAGCCCUAUGCCCCUGAGCCGACUUACUAUCGUGACCAUGUUGUACGCGCACCAGAAACUACUCGUGUGAGUCGAUACGAAGACAGAUCACCUGGAAGACCCCACUGGGCGCAUCCCGCCGAGAGAGUCGUUGAGCCCACGCGAAUUGAUCGAAGGUACGAAGCAGCGGAUGCUAGAAUACCAGCCAGAGGCCAUUCCCCCCGUCGAGCCCGAAGCCCACGUCGCUCGCCCUCCCCGUCUCGCCGUCCCCUCGACCACAGAAGACUUGCCGGUCGGAUCCACUCUCCGCCACCCUAUGAGCAAACGGGCUACGCUAGACCGGCUUAUCCCAUUCGCAGAUAAGAGCUCUAGUCUCCCCCCACAAAAGAGGUCGUUUAGACAUCACAAUAUGACCUCUCUUGGGACCUUUUUUUCAUACACAUGUUGAAUGAUAGUGACUAUUCUGUCCAUCUGAAGAUGAUGUUUCUGCUUUACCCCCUCCCCUUUUUUUGUUCUCCCACUUAGAUAUACAUAUAUCAAAAGUGUCAAAUGAAGUGUUGUGUGUGUAUAUGGACUGACUUGUCAGGUUAUGGGUUUUGCAAGUGUCUACAAAGGGUUUGCCAAUGGUAUGGCUAUGAGGUAGACCAAAGGUGAUCUGCUUUUGUGUAGAAAUCUAACUCAGCUUUUGAGAUCCAUUUACAA